AUAUCGUCGUCUCGACAGGAUCUAAUUGUUAGACAGUAAAUCGCGAGGGAGCGCGAAGCAGAUCAGACUUUCCUUGGAAAUGGCGGAAGAACUCAAAACGUUGUCGUCCAGCUCGCAACCUUCUUCUACACCGAAUUCCCCCGAAGAAACUCUGAAGAAAUCGCAGGUUCCAGCACUCUCUGGGCUUCCAUCUUUCCCAAAUGGUGAUUUUCUGAUGUUACCAGUCAUGUAUCCUCUUCUUGUUCCUGGGUUAAAUCCUUCGCAAGAUCAGGAGCAAAUGAACCGUGGAGCAGGCAUUUAUGCUGUUCCUGUUCACCCAUUUAUGGGGCCAGUUACAGGAGCUCCAUUAAACACUCUUAUUCCUCUUACCUACAACAUACCCACAGCUAGAGCAAGUCCAGAGGUUGGCACUGUAGGGGAGCAGCAAGGCCAAGAGGGACAACAACAACAACAACAACAACGUCAACAGCCUGGACCUCAGAGACAAGUUGUUGUUAGGAGAUUUCAGAUUGCAUUUCAGCUUGAUGUGUUGCUUAUUAUAAAGCUUGCAGCUGUAAUAUUCCUGUUCAACCAAGAUGGAUCUAGACAAAGGCUGGUUCUCCUUGUGAUUUUCGCUUCAAUUGUCUAUUUAUAUCAAACUGGCUCGCUCACACCAUUAGUACGAUGGCUUUCUCAAGGCAUGCAUAGGGCAGCUGUGCCUCCCCAUCCGCCCAGGGCAGCCAGGGCCGGGAAUGUUCCUCCUAAUGCAAGGCAGGGGGUUGACAAUGCUGCUUUGGCAGAUGGACAGCCUGGGGCUGGGAACGAUAUUCGGCCUGCAGAUGAAGGAAAUCCAGCAGCAGAGAAUGAGAAUGCCCCGGCAGCUGAUGAAGCCAAUGGUGGUCACCAGUGGUGGGGAAUUGUUAAAGAGAUUCAGAUGAUCGUUUUCGGUUUCAUCACUUCACUUCUUCCAGGUUUUCAUAAUAUGGAUUAGAUAUUUACGUUAUAAGACGCUGGCGAGAAUGCCUUUUAAGAGAAGCACAAAUGAGAUGUGAGUAUAACUUAUAAUUCUCUCUGUAUUUGGUGGUGCUGCAUCCCCAAUUGGGUGAGGGGUGGGGGUGCUUUUGAGUUUCCCUUCCAACACUUACGGUUUACCUCUCUAGUUGCUUAAUCUUUCGUCUGACUAGUAGUCCUCUUGUAUUUUGAUACAUUGAUUUUUACUAAUUACAUAGUUUCUGUUUCGUGCUCA